UGAUAUCGAAUCCCUACCCAAAAUGGCAGUAUCGCUCAUCCUACAAUCCGGAACCGGAAGUUACCUCUAGCAAAAAACGUACACAGAAAAGAUGGCGGCGGUCGGCGAAGAGACGGCAAAAAAAACACACGUGGAGAAAAACAAAAAGCCUCCAGUCCGUUAUUGGCGACAGCAGAAAGAUGACGACAAAGGUGGAAAAAAGGCUGUCGACAAACCGCAGCAGAAUUGUAAAACCAUGUCCGCAACGAAGAGGAAGAAAGAAGAUCCCAAAGAAUGGAGGAAAAAAAAGAAAUCCGAAAAACGGGAUCCUUUCCCAGGACGCGCUCCUUUUCCGGAGGCCUCAAUGAAGAAGUUUGCACGGCAAGAGAAAUCAACAGAGAAGAUCGCUAGGAGUUUUUUUAAACUGAAAGCUGCGAUUGAUCACUCAGAUAAAACUUCACAACUGGCCCAAAAACAAGCAGCUCGGUUUGAUCUUCUUCUCCCAGAGGAAGCAGGGUUUUUAGAAGGUGACAAAGAUGAGGACACCUGUACAAUCUCACAGCAAGAUAUUGCAGAGGCUGUGGAUAUAACGUCUGGGGCCAAGUAUUUCAACCUGAACCUAUCCCAGUUUGGACCAUACAGACUAGAUUACAGCAAGACCGGACGUCACCUGCUUCUCGGUGGGAGGAGAGGCCAUGUCGCAUGUGUCGACUGGCAAUCCAAACAGCUAAUGUGUGAGAUAAACGUGAUGGAGUCUAUCAACGAUGUUAAAUGGCUUCACGCUGAGAACAUGUUUGCAGUGGCUCAGAAAAAGUGGCUGUACAUCUAUGACUCAAAUGGAAUAGAGCUUCACUGCAUCCGCAAAUUCAACGACGUCCUUCGUAUGCAGUUUCUGCCCUACCACUUCCUGCUUGCUACAGCUAGUGCCACAAGUUUCCUGCAAUACCUUGACGUGUCAGUGGGUAAAGAGGUGGCAUCCAUUGGCACCAAGACGGGCCGCCUUGAUGUGAUGUGCCAGAACCCCCACAAUGCCAUUAUCCACCUUGGCCACCCCAACGGCACAGUCACCCUAUGGUCGCCCAAUCAAAAAGAAGCCAUUGUCAAAAUGCUCUGUCACCAGGGAGGAGUGCGAUCUGUCGCCGUGGACAAGACAGGAACCUAUAUGGUUACAUCAGGCAUGGACAAAAAGCUAAAAGUAUUCGACAUCAGAAAAUUCCAACCAGUCAAAUCCUACUUCCUGCCUGCUGGAGCUUCUUCUUUGUCAAUUAGCCAGCGGGGGCUGUUAGCUGCAGCCACGGGCGACGUUGUCCAGGUAUACAGGGACGUGUGGAGCUCUGAGACGGUGACUAAACCCUACAUGGCUCACAGAGUACGGGCAGCAGCAUGGGGGAUGCACUUUUGUCCCUUUGAGGAUGUGCUGGGAGUCGGACAUGGACAAGGCUUCACAAGCAUGCUUGUACCAGGAGCGGGAGAGCCAAACUUUGACGGCCUAGAUUCCAAUCCAUACCGCAGUGCUAAACAGAGGCAGGAAUGGGAGGUCAAGGCCCUUCUAGAAAAGAUACAGCCUGAUCUAAUCAGUCUCGACCCCAGAGAUUUGGGGAAGGUUGACUUUGCCACCUUCCAGCAGCGGCACCAAGACCGAGUGGAAGCCCUGGGCUAUGAUCCUCUUGCUAAACAAAGAUUUGUCCCAAAGUACAAGAAAAAAGGUCGCAGCUCAACUGGCAAUGUGGAAAAGCGGAAGCAGCAGGUGGCUGACGGCGAUAAGAGGAUUCUGAUAGCCCAAAGUAUGGAAGACAAAAUGAAGAUGCAGAAGGAAAGAAAAGCAGAGGAAAAAAGGAAGUCAGAAUUAUUCAGCCAAAAAUCAGCUUUGGACAGAUUCAGGAAAUAGAAAAGGACGUACCCUGAUGCCAAAACUCUUCACAUCCUGUGCGAAGGACCUUUUCACAAAACAACCCCCUGUGUGAGAACCAAACAAGUCAUGCUGCCACAACAUAUAAAGAUAAUUAAUUAUGUAAGUGGUGUUCAUCUGUAAUCAAUGUUGAGUGCUAUGUUGGGGCAACUUUUGCCUAAAGCACUUCCUGUCCGCACAGGCAGCUGUCAACUAGCACAUGCUUUUAACCAUGACUGUUUUUAUAGGCAAACUGACUUUAUGGGUCAGAUAAGAUCAAAUCAACACAAUGUCAAAACUCUUGGAUACAGGGAAAAAAUAAAUAGGUUUGGCUUGCAAAGUUGUAGUCAGAUUGCUGCAAGGCAGUGUACAGACGUGUUUAACAAUGGCUAAUAAUUUAACAUCUAAUAGAGAGUUUGACAGUUAAAGUUAUACAGUAAAACCAAUUACUUGAAAUGACCAUUAUUUGUUAUGUCAGAUCAUUGCCUAUUAAACUCUGUUUAUGAACCCACAA